UUUUAAGAUUAGAUACAUCACGUAAUUGAUUACUGGCAAACGCCGUCCAGGACCGGAGCCUGAACCUGGGCGAGAGAGCGGCGACAGCACCUGAGAUUCUACUAUCAAUACGAUGAGAUGGCUGAUGAAGAUUUUCAAAGUGUACCUCAGCUUGCUAUUACUGGCCACAAAUCUGCCUUAUUUAAGCCCACUGACAAAGUGUGUAAAGAAAUGAAGGAGCUAACAGAGCCUAAUCCAACCUCUCAACAGAUAUUGGAUAUCUGUGCUUGUUUUGAUGAAGAACCAAUGUCUGAUGAAAGUAGGAAGGCCGUCUCCAACGAGUGCAAACAUUUGAAGAAUGAACAAGAGUUAUCCCAACUAGAAGAAAAGCCGGACACCAUUGAACAACAUAAGCCACUGCCACCUCUCAAGCAUGACUUCAUCCCAGAAGAGAUCCUGCUGUCAUUGGCCACGAGGCCAAAUUCAUGUUGUCAUGCAGAGUUAUCCUCGAAAUCCUCAAAAGAUCUUAAGCAAAACAGCAUCCGACCAACUGAUCGUGUAUGGCAACACCCAAGACGGAGAGCAAAGUUCAAGUACUUGAUAGAUCAGCCCAUCUCACUGGUUCGAGCAGGAAGGGAUAUCUCCUUUUUACGUGAUGCCGUAUAUACCAAAUGUCCCACCAAUAUGGUGCCUGAGUCAUUGGCAGCCAUGGACAAAAGUUCAGUUCGGGCUCAGGUUGAAAAACAUCCCGCCAAAAGGAAGGUGGAUGUACCUGAGAGUUUGAUACCAGAUCAGUACCACAUUGUGAAGAACAGGGGAGUCCUGGGACUAGAAUAUUAUGAUGAUAAAUACACCACCCUACUGGAGGACCAUGAGAAAAAACUGAGAGUAUUUCCCUCCAUGAAACCCUGUGGGAGAAUUGAGGCGAUUCAGCUGUCUCAAGUGAUGGAUGAUAUGUUGGAAAAAGCUGGGUUUAAUGAUGAUGAAAAGCAAGAAUUAAGAGGAGAAACUCAGAUGUAUUAUUUGCUGGAUCUGGUGAAAAAGGAGCAAACCAUUUACAAUAUUGUGUUCCAUGAGCUUAUUCGUCAGAUUAGUGUGGAUUGUGCAGAGCGAGGAGAGCUUCUUGCCAAAGUCAGAGAGAGGUAUGUAAGUUUAUUGGACUACAUUCCUCGCUAUCUAACUAAUAUGCACAAUGAAAUCAUGAUGCAACGGUUAUUGGACAAGGAACUAAUUUUGGAGCUGUUUCUUUUCCAGAAUGCUGUUGAAAAACUCAACAGUGAACUUGUUCUACUUCGAGAGCAGGACCUUAAGGCGACAAAAACCAUAGCAAAAACACGGGAGGAGCUAAGUAGUGCAUUGAUUGAAGCCCAUAAAAAUGCCAAUAUGCUUGAUGAAUAUCACUGCUUAUAUGAAAUGCAGCGAAAAAGACUGAUUGCACAAAUAGACACCUUAACACAGGAAAAGGAUUGGUGGAGUGAUGCUGCCUAUAGUCUGGCACUAAAGGUGAUUGAGGAGCACAAUCUUAAACUGGUUCACGAUCUUGAAAUCAGUGCAAAACUCUGGACUACAAUUGCACAACAUUUUGUAGCACAGCUUGGCAUAAAGGAUGCAGAAGACCAGGCUAAAUUACAGGAAAUUACUGGGGAAUGGAGAGAAAACAUGUUGAAGUUCACUAAAACUCUGCAAGAUGCAGAGAAUUCAAGUUUGGAAAAAAGAAAAUCAAUUCUCUCUGGCUUCCGAAAAUGGCACGAAUAUUUAUCAGAGAAAAAAAAGAAUCAUAAAGGACUGAAAAUUCCUGAAGAAAUGCUGCACACACUAACAAAAGAUCUAAAAGACUGGCAUGAGAUGGUUACUCAAGACUAUGAGCGAUUUGAAGGAUCAUUAUUCUUAGCUAAUAAAGAAGAACUAUUUGGGAUAGUCCAGUUGCAAAAUGAUUGGACAGAGCUCAGUCUGACUCUUUUUAAUCGACAUAAGUGGACCAGUGAUGAAAAAAUGGCUGAACAAAUAUUAAUGGAAGAAUUAAACAACUGUGUGAAUGUACUUUCUCACCGGCAUACAAUCACGCUCUCAGGGGAAAAUGGCACUGCUUGGUAUUUAAUGAAGUUACAGGACCAGCUUGAAUCCUGCAGAACUAAAUUUGACUUUACCACUCUGGAUGAAAAAGGAAUGAUAGAAUUUAAUUUGCUGAAGCUUUCUGAGGUUUUCCCGACUUUGAUAAAUCUAAUGGAAGAGACAGUGAAAUUAACAUCAGACGAGGAGGCGGAAAAAAUGAAUCUCCCAGAUAUCAGAGAGCAGUUUACAGAAGUGAAUCAGAAGAUACAGAACUUUUUAAUUGCACUAUUUAAGAUGAUAAAUUACAAGGACACCAAACUGGCACAGCAGAUUGCGCUCGUUCAAAGUGCAAUGAGCCACUUGCUCGUAGAUAUAUUGCUUUACGUAGUACAUGACCAAGAUUGUUGUGCCGAAAGAAUAUAUUUCAAAUACCUGAGUGGACCAAAUACAGCUGAUAAACUGGAGGAAAAAGCUCUGAUGGUGGCCAGUCAACUGAAUAUAUUGUCAACACAAAUGUAUAGUUGGUGCAGAGACAUAGUUGACGAAAUGGUAAAGCAAAUGGAAGCCAACCGCACAGAAAAUCCAGAUCAUGAAAUAAAGGAGCUUGAAAAUCUCAAGAUGGAGUCGUCUGAGUGGAUAAACGUUUGUGAGACUUUGCUUUCAGGAAUUCAAGGAUACUCAGUCCAGUUGUUAACAUCCACAGAUGAAGAGGAACAAUCACACAUCAAUAGGACCCGGGAUCUAUGCGCUGCCUGCUUGCGGCACUCGUCCACCAAUAUUCUUGAGAUGUCUGUCUCUGAUCUAUACCUGAUGCUGCAAGGGAAAUCAGAAAUUUUCGAAGAGCCCAUCACCAUUGCAGCUUUCCUGAAAACGAAUUCUACUGACGACAUUGAAGCUGGUAGAUUGGGCACCUUCGAGGACGUUGAAGCUAGUACUUCUGCUCAAUUGCAAGUCAAGGACACCACUGUUGCUCGAGAAAGUCCUGCUGAACCUACAGGAAGUGCUGAGGGAACUGUAAAUGUUGAGGGUCGAAUUGAAAUAAUAGUAGUUGAAGACUUAUCAAGCCAUUCUAAAUCUGUCAUGUACAUUGGUGAAGAUACUAACAUCCAUCAUAGAGACUUGCUAGAAACUCAUCUGUCUCCUGAGAAGGGUGGUCUCAAUGCCGUUACACCUGUAAACCCCAAGGCAGCAAGGAAUUAUGAAGGAUUAGUUGAAAUGGGAGUACUACAGAAGCAGCUCAUAGAAGCAGAGCAGCGUGCCUUGAAUGCAGAGGAACGGGCAAGUUCUCUCGAUGCUAGCCUGCAGGAAGCUUUGAUUAAAAUUAUGGACUUGACACAUGAAGCAAAAUCAAACGUGCUGCCACCAAAGCUUCAAGUUCCAGAAACAAUUCCUGGUAAGCUUCCAUUUAACCAGAAAUAGUUUUAUAGCCACCAUCAGCUUUCAUGUAAUCUCUGCAGAAUUUACUGUAAAUCUUGGAGAGAUAUCAAAAUGUUAUUCAUUGUAAUUACUUGCCAACUUCUCACAGAAUACACAAAAUAACAGGUUUGAUUAAGAAGGUAAAAUUGAUCAAAAUAAUUGAGUUGAUUGAGUAGCCCAGUCAAACCUGAAAUUAAACUAUUAAAGCAGUUUCAAAUGAUAGGUGCAAAUACACAAGGCAAGACUUUUACUCCUCAAAAAUGUCUCUUAAUGUCUUAAAGAUAGUGACCUUGGUUCUUGUCAUGUGAUAAUGUUUAUCUUAAGUUUAGACUAAUUUAUAUGUUAAUCAAGUCUGCAACCAAGCAAGCUCGAACAAAUUUGAGAUUAAUUGCAAUUGAUUAUGGAAGUUUAUAACAGUUUAAUAAGUUUUUCAGCCUUGAUAUGCAAAAACAUUAAUUAUCAUAUUAUCUACAAUUAUGCUGAUAUGUUAUUUCUAGCCAUGUUUUUGAUACACGACAGUGAUUAUUUGCUUUGAUUGCUUUGAAUAUUUGAAGUGAUGUUCGGUUGCAGUAGCUUUAAUUAUUUGGUUGAAUAUGGUUUACCUGAUAAGAAACACUAGAAGUUAUAAGAAGAGAGGAAGAUAAAAUAAGAAGACAACAAAAGAUAAGUAGAUGAAUCCCAAAUCAGAACAUCAUUAAAACUUGCUGAACUGUUCAGAACGUCACUUCAUGUAUCUGCUCAGAAUUUAUAUAUCUUUCUUAAAAUUAUGGGUUUGCAUGAAAGCAUACAAAUGUUUUUUUAGCUCAAAUUCUGUCAAAUUGUUGUAAAUAUUUUAAAGUUAUUAAUACAUUUAGG